ACAUGCAGAGAUCCUGCCCAUAGGGGCGCGUCCUCUUCCACAGAGAAGAUAUUUUACCCAGUCCAGCCGUGCCGCCAUUUUAAUAGGGGCUGCCUUGUGUGUGGGUACGGCAGGUACCUCGGUCAUGCUCAAACAGUUUAUGUUUUGGGUACAGUUGUAAAUCAGCCAUGUCUGCGGAGGUAACACCCGAUCAGGCCACAGAGUACAUCCCGGAGAAGGUGAAGAAAGCAGAGAAGAAGUUGGAAGAGAACCCUUAUGACCUUGACGCUUGGAGCAUUCUGAUUCGAGAAGCACAGAACCAACCUAUAGACAAAGCGAGGAAGACUUACGAGCGACUUGUCGCCCAGUUCCCAAGUUCUGGCAGAUUCUGGAAGCUAUACAUUGAAGCCGAGAUCAAGGCAAAAAAUUAUGACAAAGUUGAGAAGCUGUUUCAGCGGUGCCUCAUGAAGGUACUACACAUCGACCUGUGGAAGUGCUACCUGUCCUACGUGCGCGAGACCAAAGGCAAGCUGCCCAGCUACAAAGAGAAGAUGGCGCAGGCCUAUGACUUUGCCUUGGAUAAAAUCGGAAUGGAGAUCAUGUCCUAUCAGAUAUGGGUGGACUACAUCAACUUUCUCAAAGGAGUCGAGGCGGUGGGCUCGUACGCGGAGAACCAGCGAAUCACGGCCGUGCGUCGGGUCUACCAGAGGGGCUGCGUCAACCCCAUGAUCAACAUCGAGCAGCUCUGGAGGGACUACAGCAAGUACGAGGAGGGCAUCAACGUGCACCUGGCCAAGAAGAUGAUCGAGGACCGCAGCAGAGACUACAUGAACGCCCGGAGGGUGGCGAAGGAGUAUGAGACGGUGAUGAAGGGGCUGGACAGGAACGCCCCGUCGGUGCCCCCCCAAAACUCCCCUCAGGAGGCCCAGCAGGUGGAGAUGUGGAAGAAGUACAUCCAGUGGGAGAAGAGCAACCCACUGCGCACGGAGGACCAGACCCUCAUCACCAAGAGGGUCAUGUUUGCCUAUGAGCAGUGCCUUCUGGUGUUGGGACACCAUCCGGAUAUCUGGUACGAGGCAGCACAGUAUCUGGAGCAGUCCAGCAAGCUCCUGGCAGAAAAGGGGGACAUGAACAACGCCAAGCUGUUCAGCGACGAGGCGGCCAACAUCUACGAGCGCGCCAUCGGCACCCUGCUGAAGAAGAACAUGCUCCUCUACUUCUCCUUCGCCGACUACGAGGAGAGUCGAAUGAAACACGAGAAGGUGCACAGUAUAUACAACCGGCUCCUGGCGAUGGAGGACAUAGACCCAACGUUGGUUUACAUCCAGUACAUGAAAUUUGCGAGGAGAGCAGAGGGGAUCAAAUCGGGCCGGACCAUCUUCAAGAAGGCCCGUGAGGACAUGCGGACGAGACACCACGUCUACGUUUCAGCAGCCCUGAUGGAGUACUACUGCAGCAAGGAUAAAUCGGUGGCCUUUAAGAUAUUUGAACUCGGCCUGAAGAAAUACGGUGACAUACCAGAGUACAUCCUGGCAUACAUUGAUUACCUCUCUCACCUCAAUGAGGACAAUAACACCAGGGUUCUGUUCGAGAGGGUGUUGACAUCGGGAAGCUUGCCCCCUGAAAAAUCAGGAGAGAUCUGGGCCCGCUUCCUGGCCUUCGAGAGCAACAUCGGCGACCUGGCCAGCAUCCUGAAGGUGGAACGGCGGAGGUUCACAGCUUUCAGAGAGGAGUACGAGGGCAAGGAGACCGCCCUGCUGGUGGACCGGUACAAGUUCAUGGACCUGUACCCCUGCUCUGCGAGUGAGCUCAAAGCCCUGGGCUACAAGGACGUGUCCCGUGCCAAACUGACAGCCCUCAUCCCCGAGGCGGUGGUGACCCCCUCCGUGCCCACACUGAAGGACGAGGCGGACCGGAAACCAGAGUACCCCAAACCCGACACCAACCAGAUGAUCCCCUUCCAGCCCCGCCACCUGGCGCCUCCAGGAUUGCACCCUGUGCCAGGAGGGGUGUUCCCAGUGCCGCCCGCUGCCGUCGUCCUCAUGAAGCUGCUGCCCCCGCCCACCUGUUUUACGGGGCCCUUUGUCCAGGUGGAGGAACUGAUGGAGUCGUUCAGACGGUGCACACUUCCCGAAAGUGUGGACCUGGCAGUGGAGCUGAUCACAGGCCGGCAGCCGGAGCUGGGCAGCGAGGGGAACGGGCCCCUGGAGCACGGGGCCAUCGUCAGUAAGUCUCUGAAGCGCCCCAACGCCGACUCGGACGAGGAGGAGGAGAAGGGUGCGGUGGCACCCCCUGUGCACGACAUCUACAGGGCCCGUCAGCAGAAGAGGAUCCGAUGAGCCCAAACACCACCACACAACAUCUACAGGGCCCGUCAGCAGAAGAGGAUCCGAUGAGCCCAAACACCACCACACAACAUCUACAGGGCCCAUCAGGAGAAGAGCCCCAACACCACCACACAACAUCUACAGGGCCUGUCAGCAGAAGAGGAUCCGAUGAGCCCAAACACCACCACACAACAUCUACAGGGCCCAUCAGGAGAAGAGCCCCAACACCACAACACAACAUCUACAGGGCCCGUCAGCAGAAGAGGAUCCGAUGAGCCCAAACACCACCACACAACAUCUACAGGGCCCAUCAGGAGAAGAGCCCCAACACCACAACACAACAUCUACAGGGCCCGUCAGCGGAAGAGCCCAAACACCACCACACAACAUCUACAGGGCCCAUCAGGAGAAGAGCCCCAACACCACAGCACAACAUCUACAGGGCCCGUCAGCAGAAGAGCCCCAACACCACAACACAACAUCUACAGGGCCUGUCAGCAGAAGGGGAUCUGAUGAGCCCCAACACCACCUUGCCGAGAACGAUUGGACCACACGUUUUCUCAUCCCUUGUCACCGUGUGUUCAAAGGACGCCGUUCUCCGCCGCCUAAGGAACUUUUUGCCGGACUGGAGCGUGAGCUCUUUGCCGAACCUCCCCUCCCCAGGGACAGCAGCCUGACCGCUCGGACGGACGUCCCGGUCUGUCGCCUCAGGCACGGCCUCCGCAUGUCAAAGUCUUUGUCUUUCUUUACUUUUUUCGUUGUUUUUUAACAGUUUUAUUUUUAAAACUGGACGGUUAUACUGUACAAAGUUUUUAAUGACAACCCUUGAUUGAACACAUUAGUGGUUUUUUGUUUUCCCCUCACGUAGUGCCAGUGUAGAUGGUGAGACAGAUUCAUCCUGUUUCACAAUCAAAUGGAGUAAACUUUUCCUCCCAAUAAAAAAAAGGAAACUCAAAAACAA